AUGAUUAAUGUUCUAUUCAUUCCUUUACUAUUAUAUCUAUAUCUUCUGGGUGUCACCGCCCAAAACGAAAAUGUCUCGCGCGAUGUUUUCGACUCCCUCGAAGAAUUAUCCCGCCUGGUGGAUAUCUCAUACUGUGUAGGUACAACAGGAGUACAGCAGCCAUUCCAAUGUCUUAGCCGAUGCAUUGAAUUCCCUGAUUUCGAGCUGAUAACCACGUGGAACACGGGAGUUCUCCUAUCCGAUUCAUGUGGGUACAUUGCACUCUCACACACGACCCCAAAAAGGAUCAUUAUCGCAUUCCGCGGCACCUAUUCAAUAACCAACACGAUAAUCGACCUAUCCGCCUACCCCCAGUCUUACAUCCCAUACACAGGCGAACCCUCAACUCCAGGACCAAAAUGUGACAACUGUACCGUCCAUGCCGGUUUCAUGAGCUCCUGGGUCCACACGCGCACCACCAUCCUCCCACACGUCGCAGCGGCAUUGCAGAAAUACCCCGAUUACGAAGUAACACUCGUAGGCCACUCCCUCGGCGGUGCGGUAGCCGCACUAGCGGGUUUAGAAAUGCGACUUAAAGGCUGGGACCCGUUGGUAACAACCUUUGGUGAACCGAUGAUAGGAAAUGGGGAUUUUGUGAAGUUCUUCGACGAGAAAUUCGGGUUCAGGGAUGCCGUUACCAUUCCUCCCAUGAAGGGCCAGCGGUUCCGACGCGUGACCCACAUCGAUGAUCCGGUUCCUUUGCUUCCGCUUCGGGAAUGGGGAUAUCGGGCCCAUGCGGGUGAGAUGUUUAUCUCGAGAUCGGACCUUCCUCCCGCGUUGGAGGAUGUGCAUGUGUGCGCGGGUGAUUGUGAUCCAAGGUGCAUUGCCGGAUCUGAUGCGCCUGCUCUUCUCCUUGGAUUAUAUCGAGAUAUGCACUCCCGUGGGUCGUCGGCUUCUACUUCGGAGUGUCGUUCUCACGAUGAGUCUGUCUCUAGGGAAGAUCAAGUUGUUAUGGGAGAACGUGGAAGUCAGGAUCAUACUAGCUGUGGCAGGAGCAAGGACGAAUUGUCUGCUCUUAGUUGGGACUGGUCUAUUAUACCGGGAAGGUAUCGACUUUGGGAGCUGUUCUAUGCCCAUCGGGACUAUUUUUGGCGCAUUGGACUUUGUGUACCGGGGGGAGAUCCGACUGGGUAG